UUCAUAUUGGGAUUCAUAUUUGUAUUGGUAUUGAGAUUCAAGCUCACCAGCAACUAGUGAGUUUGAAUCCCAAUACCAAUACCAAUAUGCAGCCAACUUUACCCACUUGCUUUUUAUAGGAAUGAAUUUAAACGUGUGUAAUUGAUACUGGUGUUAUAUCAUGUUUACAAGACGGAAGUAUCUUACCCUAUGUUAUCCCAUGUAAUUUCAGGUUGUGUAUGUGUCGAAGAUGAUUGUGAGGGCAGAGUCUGCUCGGGACCAUGCAGAUUGCUACAUGUCAUUGCGACAUAUGCCUCCAGUAUAUGUAUCCGAUAUUCCUUGCACCAUUCGAUCCCACAUGGAGAUACGAUUUCCCAAAAAGUGUGAAGAAAUCUUUGGUUCUUUGCGAGGAUGCUUUGAGAGACCAAACAGCACUGGGGACCCCCAAAUCUUCACCGCUAAUGAACUGCUACCUCCGAAUUUCUUAGAGGAAAACCCCCACCUCACCAUAUCUGAUGAUAAAUUUGUUCACCCAUACACGGGAAAAAGAAAUCGAUACCUUGUAGGCGAUCGAUUUCACAAUGUUGCCUCGCCACAUACGCACAACACCUGCAGAUACCAUGACAUCAAUAACUGUUCAUCGCUGCAUUCUUAUGCAACCUCCUUGGCAGAGGUUGACAAUGCCAAAACCAAAGAUAAACGGUUGUCUAGUGCAUGUUCCCAAAAUCCAAACCACCAUGCAUUUUACAACAUGUUAAUGGACUAUGACAACAACAUGGGUAUUGUUUGCAAACAAAAGAAAGAAAUUCAAAAAAGAUAUCCAGACCAUCUAAUAGUUAGAGAUAGAUUUUUGAGAUUUGUGCUGUCUGAUAAGAUUUGUUAAUGCUACAUAUAUAUAUGUAGUGAAGCAUUGUGGGAUCCACGGCAAGUAUUUUCCUUUGGAAUACUGGCUCACCAAAGCGUUAGAUAAAGUGAGACUCUGAUAAAUCAGAAUGGUAGUGAAGUGUUAUACAGCAUCCACUAUAUCUGGAGCUCUGCAUGUUUUAUCCCAUGCUUCCAUAAUAUUACCAAAUCACAUCUCUAACUGUUUCAAGUGCUUUGAAAAUACAUAACACUGUCUGGUCUCAGGCACACAUAAAUGUACAUAAAUGUAUACAUCUUGUAAAUAGGUUUUGCAUUCGAAAAUAUUAGUAUGUUUGUUAUAAAUCCCUAUAAAUGAUAUGUAUCUCCUAAUUAUCGUUGAGCACUGAUAACACUGUCUGGUACAUGUACAUAAAGUUAUACAACUUACAAACCUCUUGUAAGAUGUAUAUCAUUAGUACUGAUAUUGCUCCGUUAGAACACCAUAGGUCAUAUUAUCUAUACUUUUGACAGUUAUCCAAACUAUUUCUAGUAUACUGUCGUUCUCUACAUUUAUUAAAUAAACUGAAAUAUAC